AUGCCAACAGUACCUAGACUAAACCACACAAAUACACGAAUAGACCCAGGUUCUGUCGAUUCCAUACUUGAAAUCCUCCAAGAACCAGAACAGCGCACGCUUGUGGCUGACAAAUACGCCAAUUCCAAAAUUAUCGAUGCAGAAGUGAAAGCGUACGCCAAACUUGCUGGGAGUGAUUGGACUUACUACAUCAAGAAACUAAGUAUAAACAUAGGCCGAUCACUGCCCCAUGAUGGCCCCAAACAGGACAAUGUGGAUAUAGACUUGUAUCCGAAUCCGGCGGUUUCUCGACAACACGCAAUUAUCAGUUAUAACCUCCAUGUUCGAUGUUGGGAAUUGAAAGUGGUGGGCCGAAACGGAAUUAAGGUGGACGGACAUAAGAAUAGUACUAGUGUAGUGGCCCUAAGGUCAGGAUGUGUUAUAAAUAUCAUGGGAACAGAGAUAAUGUUCAUUGAAGCUAAUUCAAACAUUACUAUCCUGCCGAGAUUUGCGGCUUUGGUUGAACUGAUAAAUAGAAAAUCAGUGUUGUUGAAAGAUGAUACCCCACCACCUUACACAUACACCACAAUGAUCGCUCAAGCAAUCUUGGCAGAUCAAGAGGGAUUGUUACCAUUUGAUAAGAUAUACUCGUGGAUACUAAAUCACUAUCCUUAUUAUGAAUGUACACGAACAACUACGUCACUACAUAAAUCAAUUGCCCAUACCCUCAAUACCAACAAGGCAUUUGAAUCAGUCAAUGAAAACCCCAGUGACAAGACUCUCGCCAAAUGGCAGAUUAAUGAAAAAUAUAGAAAUGAUUUACUACUGUAUAUGCUGUUGGAAUAUCAGUUUACUAAGUUCCCCACCAUAGCCAAUUUUCAAGAUGCUUCGCUAAGACUUAGUAUACGCAAAUCAAAUCAAUAA